AUGGAGAAUAUUUUUCUUGAGAUUCCUAUUGGAAAUGAUGUUGUGGAGGCUAUAAUCGAGUUUGCUAGGAGUCAUGAAGCUAGCAUAGUUGUUAUGAAUGGUUCGGGUCUUGUAUCCGACAUUACUCUUCUCCAACCAGAUUCUCGUGUUCCAACUUUUCAAUUGAAUGGUCCGUUUAACGUGUUAUCUCUGACCGGAGUGUACUUAAACCCUAAUCCUAAUUGUGGUCGUGUUCCUCCUCGACUCAUCAAUGAUCCAUUAUGUACUGCUUUUGCCCUUCAGCUGUCUGGAUCUCGAGGCCAAGUGUUUGGCGGAGUGAUUGGAGGGAAUGUUAAUGCUGCUACUGACAUUCAGAUUUCAGCUUCUCUUUUCAGGAGGCCUGAUGUCAUUCGGGCGAUCACCACGGAUGGAAAUAUUCAAUUAUUUGAAGAUGAUGACGUCCCAACAAUUGUUGAUAAUGUUGAUGUCGGUGAUGGUGGUGUUGGUGGUGUUGAUGGCCGUGAAAAUGAAUCUCAACCAGAUAAUCAAACUCUUCCUUAG